GUUCGACUGGGUAAUGUGUUGUACAAGACAGAUGUCUGUAAGAAGUCACUUAAUCCUCAGUGGAAUUCUGAGUGGUUCCGGUUUGAGGUAUGAAAAGUGUAUUGUGUUUUUAUAAAAUAUUACUUUAUUUUGAUUUUGUUUGAUUUCUCAGAUAAUUUAUUAUUAUAAUAGACUAGUGGUAUUCUAUCAUCAGUCAUGGAAAACAAGAAGACUUGAGGGAAACAACGAGAAUUAAGACCUGAAUGGAAAAAAACAGGGAUACGAUCCAGAAGUUAUGAAUUAGACCAGGACAGAAACAGGAUCUGAAAAAUUCAAUAGGAAUGAAAACUAGCAAACCUUGAAUAACGAACAUAUGAUUUAUGAAAAAUAGAAGAAACAAGACUAGCAAUCAAAAGAUCAGAACCUGUUUUUUGUCAUUUUAUGGUUCUUGACCAAUUUGUUGAAAAAAACUGUGUUCACUUUUAGACUGAUGAUGAAGAACUUCAGGAUGAACCACUGCAGAUCAGGUGAUGAGGUUUUCCCAUUCUGAUUUUACUAAAUCUUUGUAUGUUUUUGUUGCACGCCAAGGUCAUUUCCCCUUCAAAAUGCAAAUUUAUGUCUGAUGGUGGCCAUUGCUUACAGGCCAGUUAGUUACAGAUGUUCUUGCUGUUAGCUAAGUGUUGCUACAAUACCCACACCUAUUUGCCACUUUAUUAAUUUUCUACAAGAAAUACUCUGUGUUGAAUUGUGGAAAACAGAUCAAUAAAUACUGAGUAUCCAUAAAGUAAUAUGACUGAGAAUUAGACACCCCAGAUAAACUUGUUUUAGAUUGAUGGAAUGAUGUACUCAAUUGCAACGUCAUACUGGAUUCUGUGUGUGACUCUAAUCAGUUCUUUGGGGUCUGGAAUUUGGUUUAUUUGAAGUCGUGACUCUGGAUCUAUGAGAAAAAGGGGAGUGAGGCCGGGGGUUGGAAUUAAGAACAGGACACUUUUUGUCCAUUAUUUUUGUCUUUCACUCUUUGUAUUAGAAGAAUACGUAUAUAUGUGCAGGGUGCAAAGAAAGUCACUUUUACAGCUUGCCAUUCGGGCUAGCUGUAGCUAGCAUGCACUAGCCCAAACAUCACUUUCACUAGCCCCAAAGGCUUUUUGAUAAGCGGGUUUGAUUACACAGUUCUUCUGUAAUUUGAAUUCUCAAAAAAAUUCACUUGCCCAUCGGGCAAGCUAAGAACAAAAUUCACUUGCCCGAUAGCAAAAUCCACUUAUUAAAGUCCCGGGCUAUUGGACAGCACUUUCUUUGCAUGCUGACGUGGUGGUCAGACCCCGUUUCAAGUGCAUGGUCACUUACAAGAGCUUUAAGGUAGUAGAAAAUUUCAGAGCGGUCAUCCCAAAAGGUGUCGAUAUUUGCUUACAAGAGAUGGUCAUUUACGAGAGCAAAUUGGUUAUAGCUCACUGGUGCUGGUUGCUGCAAGAGAUGGUCGUACGUGGAGGUUUGAAUGUAUUAUUAUUUAUUAUCCUGUAGCUCAAUAUUUUAUAAUCAUUUUUCAUCAGAAUAAUGGACUAUGAUACAGUGACUGCUCAUGAUGCCAUUGGGAAGGUAAGAAUGAUUCUUCUUGCCACUUUCGUUUUGACUCUUUGAUGGUUCUGUUUACAAGAGUUUUGGUAACCAUUUUACAAUACAUUUUUCAACUGCCUUGCUGAUAGUGUUUAGAUUCCCACAUAAAGUAUUUUGUACUUGGUUUAAUAUACGGUAUGAAGUCAACUUAACUCAUAUACAGACAUGUACCUUUGCAUUAAAUAUCUUAAGAACCUUCCUGAGUCUUAUUUAGUCCUAUCAUCCCAGGUGUAAGGGUGAUUAUCCCUCCUAGUGGUUGAAUAUAGAGUCCUUGAAAAUUUCUCAACUCAUACAGACCAUACAUGUGUCUUCAAUUCAUUUUUGUGACAGUUAAUAUAAAUUGCUUAAUAUGUUUAAAAGAGUCAAUGGGUUAAUUGAUGAAGGGGACUUUUUUAACUCCACUUCACCCUCAACUUCAUACUGCAAAGAACCUUGAAGUGCUUUUUAACUGUGUGAAGUUUCCUGACUCGACUUUCCUAAUUGGGAGAGCUUUCACAGGGCUGACUUCUGACUGAGAGAUCAUUUGACCACUGAAUUAAUGUGAAAAACAGCCUGCUAAAUUGGUUGAACACAGCUAGUACACACACUGAGAUAUAAAGUAAAUGUUAGAACUAUUUACAAUCAAAAAUGGUGCAAUUAAAGGCUGUUUUUGUUUUUUACUUACUUACUUACUAUCCUGAUAUUUUGUUUCAGGUUAACGUCAGUUUAGGUCCUCUUCUGACUCAGGAUCCACCUGGAAGUAUUGAUGGCUGGUUUCCAAUAUAUGACACUAUGCAUGGUAUAUAUCCUGACUGGGGAAAAGUAGAUCUAGCAGGGGUGGGGGGGGGGGGAGGGGGGUGGCGGUGGAGCCUUACUCACCUCUUAUUUCCAGACCAAGCCAAUGCCUGUAUAAGAGAGAAUGCAAUUGGAUACUUUGUUUUGGUUAGAGAGCAGGCCCAUCUUACCUUAUCUGGAUGUGCCAUUGAAAGGUACUGUGAAUGAGGUGGGGAGGUAGUAUUUGGGCUCUAGGCUAGGCACGUUAUAUCUCCGUAAAGGAGAUGGUCUUGUUCUGGACUAAAAAAGCCAAACGUUUGCAAACUGUUUGAGUUUGUAUGAUGCGCCCAGUAGCCCUCUCUAUACAUUGGUCUGUUAAGUCUUCUGUUACAUCUGCUAGUUUCUUUGCUUGUAUCUCAAUCCCACAACCUAUCCUUCCAUCUACUACUAUUGCCUAAGUAAUAUUAAUUAAUUAAUAAUCAAUUGAUUGAUUUAUUCUUUUGCUCAUUUCACUUCUUUUUUUCCUUCCUUCAUUCAUUGACUCUUUUAGUGAUUCAUUCGUGAAUUCAUCUCAGCUCAUUCAUCCAUCCUUCCUACUUCAAGUUAUUUGUGUCUUUGUUCCAUCAAAAUAAUAUAUAGAUUUAACCAGGGCUAAAAAGUGAAGCUGCCAUUAAUAAAUUUAUUAUUUAAAUCAAACAAUAAACUUGUAUUCCACAAAUCAGUUAACUUUAGGGCAGAUUCAUAUGACUUUUGUGGGCGAGGCUAACUGAUUUUAGAGAAAAAAAUUAUUUGCAAACAGUCCAAGAAUAAAACAAAUCUGUCAUGUUGAGAUAAUGGUCUUAUAUGUACACCCCAAAAAUAGCAGUCAUGCACAUUUGAUCACAGUAGAUUAAGCCUUGAAAACAAAUUCUUCCCUAACAAAAUAACCCUGUCUCCCACCUACACCGCCUUCAUAAUAUAAGGUUAAUUGGGAAACCCCAAAAUAAAUUGUUCCAUAUGAUCAUAACAUUACAAGUCAUCACCAUGUGUUAAUUUGUUUUUGUCCUCUAUAGGUUUUUAUUAAACUAUUCUGAUUUUUCUUGGUUGUUCAACAAUUAUUAUGUCCUUCAAUUUGUCCAUCCAUCCAUUCAUAAAUUAUAGUUAAACAGAUAACAAUGUUUGUUUCGCUUGUCAACAGGUAUUCGUGGUGAGGUUAAAGUUAAUGUCAAAGUGGAUUAUUUUAUUGAUUCUAACAAGUUUAGGCAGAGUUCCUGUGGUGUACAAUUCUUUUACAGUAAGUACAAUUGAACAAGAUUCACUUGUGAAAUUUAUUUUGCUCUUGCUGUGUACACUGUACUUUCAAAAUCAAAAUUUAUAUUAGUUCUUUCAUAUUUUUUUAAUCCUCUUCUCUCAGUAAACUUUUAUCCUUGAUUGAAAGUUCAUUUGGCUUGUUUUUUAUUUUCAGCUUGUUCUGUUCCAUUUGGUCAUAAAGCCAUUUUCAUUCAUGGCUUUGUUGAGGAACUGGUGGUUAAUGAUGACCCAGAAUACCAAUGGAUUGACAAGAUUAGAACUCCUAGGUCUUCUAAUGAAGCACGACAGAGGCUUUUCACCAAACUUUCAGGUUUUUGAUCACAUCUGUUUUUCUAUCUGAUAUUUAUUUUUCUACUACCAAUUUUUUUUUUAAUAUGUGAAGUUAAACGUUCAUUCAUUCAUUCAUUCAUUCCCAACCUAUGAGCUGUAAUCAUGGGGAAUCCCUAAUCUAUCUAGUGCUAUAGUUUGUCUAAGGCUUCCUUGGCACCUCCUUUUGAAGUUGAUCCUUGUUUAUAAUUAACCAGUGUGGGCUGUAAAGCCGGAAAGUAAAAACUGAAAGAUAGGUAGAGAGUUCAUUAGAAGUCAGUCAGUCAGCAAGUUCUGGAGAUAGUUAUUCUUCCCGUUUUAUAACAAAAGUGCAAGGUGCAGGUUAUUUAUCAGGCGCAGAUCCACACUGGUUUCCACCGUUUUACGGAAAUCGGUCAGAUUUUUCUUAAAUAGAUAUAUUUUUAAUAAAUAAAAAACUUUCCAAGUUGCAAGGCUUUAUCCAAGGUAAAUGGAACUGGCCAAUAUCCUAUCUGAGUGACUCGGAACCCCGAGAAAGGAGACUUUAGGGAGUUAAAAUCUAAAACAUUUACCGGGGGAGCAUGCCCCUGGACCGCCAAGAAGCUUGCAUUUUCGGCACUCGUUGAGGAAAUCGGUCAGCAUUUAUCCUAGAUCCGCGCCUGUUUAUGAUUGAUUGUAAAUUUCCAAAUGUAUUAGGAAGACAGUAUCUAUGUUGCAAGUAAAAUCUGUUCCCAGUUUAAACCGUUAUUCAACCUAGCUUAAAUAUGGAAUUACAGUGACUUUUCCUUGGGGUAGAGAGUAGAGUGGAGGUUUUUCUGGAAAUUUAAAAACUAAGGUAAUUUGCUAAAAUACAAGUACAACUUUCACUGAUCACAGAUACUCUUUUUACUUGCCUGACAAUGAAAAUCAGAAACCCUUCAUGUGAACAUUUAAAUACACCACACAUAAUGCAGUACAAUAAAAAUUGUCCACUGUUUCUAUAUAGUUAUUUUAUUUCAACCACAACAUUUUCUCGCAACCAACAGGAGAGCUUCAACGAAAGAUUGGUCUGAAGGUGUUGGAUGCUGGGGGAAAUGCUGUUAUUGGGUUUGUCUGAAUUUUUUUAAAAUUUGUUUUUGGUGACCAAUUCAUUUGUAUUAUUUAUAAUAAUAUAAGGAGUAGUCUAGAUGGGCUUUUGAUUAUUGAGACUGCAUUUCAAUGAGGAUUGCACUGUUUGAUGUUUAAUCUUGGUGGUUUAUACUAUGAAGUACAGUCAACUCUCUUUAUAGCGGACACUGAGGGACCUCAACUGAGUUCGUGUCCACACUACUGAGAGUCGGAAAUAGGGGGAGUUUAUUUGUGUCAAAUCUCUGUAAUUUAUCUUUGCCUGGGAUUUAACUUCUGUCUGUAUUAUUGGGCUAUCCAUUAUAGCUGGGUGUCUGCAAGGCAGGAGUUGACUGUAUUAGUAAAAUGUUUUAUAUUACACUUUUUUAUUAGAACUUUGAGAGGACAGUAUGUCUUUUUCUAUAAAUUAAUGUACGCUUGGUUUAAUGACAGUAAUAGCUAUGACAUCAAUCAUGUGGUCAUUGUCAGUAGUCCUGACUCAUGAUGACUUGGCCAACACACAGAGCAAAGUUUUGAACUUUCACUAGGCAAAGUUUUAUCACCUUGAUCUUUGAUCACUCCAAAUUUUAGAUGUCAUUUGGUUUCUGGAAAAUUAAGUGGGAAAUAAACAUUUUACAUACUAAAUUGGAAGUCUGUUUUCAUUGGAUCACUCUAAUAUUGAUUCCAAAUAUUUUUAUUCAUGACAAUACUGCUUUUAAUGUUAAAUUUUUGCUGUGCCAUUCUUUUUUUGUCUUGACUAGCUAUCGACAGUGCUUUGAUUUGGAAGGUGAAUAUGGCAUUGUAGUAAGAGGUAUAGGAACUGCCGUCACUCUGGCAAAUGCACUCACAGCAGCUGGUACCUCUCGUCCUUCAACACCUGUUCAUGUGCUAACAUCCUCUGGAGAAGUUGGUCCUGGCAGCAUCGUCUCUGAUUCAGGGUGCAGUAAUUUACUCAAUAUAAUUAUAAUUUAGAAUUGUUGUGUAAUUAUGACAAUAGAGAGAUUUUGAUUCAUGUUUAUGGCACACAGCAAACAUCAAAUUUUUCGAAAUAGGAAAUGAGUAGAUAAAAGCUGUGCAAACUAAUAUCAUUCUUUUAGAUGAAACUCAUGUGAAACUACACUUUUUUGUAGUAAAUAGUUUUGUACGUAUAUGAUGAACAGUAAUCAGUAAAAGGAAAAUCUGGUCACGUGAUACAUAUUGACAUUUGCUCUUUGCGGUAGAGGUAGGAACACAGUAUAGGUGACAAGUUGCAGGAACAAUUCAUGGCGAUGGAUCACUCUGUGUGUACAGGCUGGGCGACUAGUUACAGCAACACAUCACAGCGACAAAUUGCUUCUUAAAUUCAUUUGAGGCCAUUUUCAGAUGAGAAACUUCAACUGCACUGCAACGGAAGUCACCGAAGCAAAUUUCAAGACAAGUGCUUGUUUGUUUACCUUUUAAUUAUUCGCAAAAAUAUUUUUUUGUCUACGGUGGAUGACCAAACGUUUUCCGUUUUCGUUUCAAAAGCGCAGAAUGAGUACCGAAUUUUGACGUUCAUUCACCUGAAGUUGACUUGGAAAUCAUAAGUUUUAGGCAUCCAUUUGGGCUCCUUGUUUGAAAUUUUGGUCACUCGCGGGCAAAUUGUAGGCACCUUUGGUGACCGGGCACCCGUUAGGCAGCAGCCUUGAUUAUUAUUGUUUAAACAACCAUGAUGGCAGUGAUAGUGAAAACCUCUGUGCAUUAAAUUGAAUAUUUCGUCCACAGAUUUAACUUUCCAGACACUGUACAGUCCUUGCCAGUUCCACCCAGUAAAAUUAUGGCUCCAAGUUCUCGUAGACGAGUUUCAUCAUCUGACUCUGAUCCUGGAUCAGAAUCUCCUCCCAAAGGUAAACUGCUAUAAAGGUUGUGUUUACGCUUGGUGCUUUGGCAGUGCCUGAGUGUCGCACUCACUGGUUUCGUAUGUGAACACACACCUUUUGAAGUAGUACAUGCCAGGGUUGGGUCAUGGUUGCAGUCCCAAGUACAAUGUUGAGAACAGUACUUUUUAACUGCGAUGAUCUUCCUUGCAUUAUUUCUUCAUUAUUCCGCAUUUCCUAUAUCUAACAAUUCAUAUAUUCAUUAUUUCACCUUCAUUUUUCUGAUCUAUAUACGAACCAAUUUAAUAACCAGCUCCCAGUUGUCUUGGUAGCUCAUUUGGUUAGAGUGCUGCACCAGUAUUGCAGAAGUCAGGGUUCAAGUCCUGGCAAGCCUGAAUUUUUUGCAGGCCUUCUUGUCGCACUUCAAUGGGUUACGUCUUUAACUGCGGUGAUCGUCUUUGCAUUUAUUUCACUCAUUGCCAGCCAGUAACUGCCAGUGUUGGCUCGACCAUCAUAAUCUCUGGAUCUUUUUCUUUCUUUUUUUUUCAGAUCGGGUGACUUUGUUAGCCAGCAGUGUUGGAGUAGACAGUGGUAGUGGCAGUGCUAGUGGUACUCCUUUUCCCAAAGCCAAAGUUUGGCAAGUCACCCAGAAACAGAAGACAGUUGAUGACUUAGUAAGUGUUGUAAUUAAUUGUCACUUGGUCAGCUUUCCAAACAUGUUUCUUAAAGCUUAACUAGUGUGUUUCUGCGAAACAGGAAUGAUGUGAUUUACGGCCAAAAAAAGUGCGAAUCGUGAAUAAAUCACACUGCUGGGAGCAAUUGCAUCUUGUUCACUGUCAGGUUCAAAGUAAGGAUACUGACAAAAGUUGAGCUUAAAAAACGAUAUUAUUCUCUAUUAAAACAUCGUAGACGUAUCAAUAGUUUGUAAACUGUUGUGAAAAAAUCGCCGAAAUCGUGUUAGUUUAGUUUUGUGGAGUGUGUAAGAGUUAUGAGAAUAAACACCUCUUACUUAUUGUAAAAACAUUGUAAAUUGCUUUUUUACCCACGAAGCACUUAAGAGUUCAUAUGAACUCGUUUAAACGUGUCUUUGCGUUCCAGAUCGAAUUGGAAGUUGGAAGUGUUGGUUUUUGAGGAGAGGGGAAAACCGGAGUACCCGGAGAAAAACCUUUCGGAGCAAAGGAGAGAACCAACAACAAACUCAACCCACAUAUGGCGUCGACGCCGGGAUUCGAACCCGGGCCACGUUGGUGGGAGGCGAGUCCUCUCACCACUGCACCACCCUUGCUCCUUCUCCGUUUGGGCUACUAUAAUUAAAUAGACGUCCAUGGNUUUUUUUUUCAGAUCGGGUGACUUUGUUAGCCAGCAGUGUUGGAGUAGACAGUGGUAGUGGCAGUGCUAGUGGUACUCCUUUUCCCAAAGCCAAAGUUUGGCAAGUCACCCAGAAACAGAAGACAGUUGAUGACUUAGUAAGUGUUGUAAUUAAUUGUCACUUGGUCAGCUUUCCAAACAUGUUUCUUAAAGCUUAACUAGUGUGUUUCUGCGAAACAGGAAUGAUGUGAUUUACGGCCAAAAAAAGUGCGAAUCGUGAAUAAAUCACACUGCUGGGAGCAAUUGCAUCUUGUUCACUGUCAGGUUCAAAGUAAGGAUACUGACAAAAGUUGAGCUUAAAAAACGAUAUUAUUCUCUAUUAAAACAUCGUAGACGUAUCAAUAGUUUGUAAACUGUUGUGAAAAAAUCGCCGAAAUCGUGUUAGUUUAGUUUUGUGGAGUGUGUAAGAGUUAUGAGAAUAAACACCUCUUACUUAUUGUAAAAACAUUGUAAAUUGCUUUUUUACCCACGAAGCACUUAAGAGUUCAUAUGAACUCGUUUAAACGUGUCUUUGCGUUCCAGAUCGAAUUGGAAGUUGGAAGUGUUGGUUUUUGAGGAGAGGGGAAAACCGGAGUACCCGGAGAAAAACCUUUCGGAGCAAAGGAGAGAACCAACAACAAACUCAACCCACAUAUGGCGUCGACGCCGGGAUUCGAACCCGGGCCACGUUGGUGGGAGGCGAGUCCUCUCACCACUGCACCACCCUUGCUCCUUCUCCGUUUGGGCUACUAUAAUUAAAUAGACGUCCAUGGCGCCUGUGAGAUCGAUCAUUUACGGUAUGUCUUCCAGAGAUUACCAUGUUUUAUCUUUAAUAUUUUUUUAAUUUCAGGAGUUUCCAUUUUUUACUAUCACGAAGUUCCCUCCUGGAUUUUUAAGACACAUCGGAGGUGUUGUAACAGCAAGAUCUGUCAAACUAUUGGACAAAAUAAAUCAUCCAGGUAUUAAUUGAGUGAGAGUCCAAGUUUUCCAUAUGUGAUGAAACUGUAGCACUAUACUAAGAGGGUCUACUAAGAAGUUAAUCCUUUCACUGCCAGAGUGUUUGAUGGAGUUUUGUAAGGUGACUCUAACUUUUGAGUCUGAGGACGAAAUCCUAUGAUGUGACCUAUCAAAUGAAAGCUCUCUGCCUGUACUUUCACAUGAUACUAUUUGUUUCUCAAAAUUUUGGAGAACGAAGUUUGGAAAUUUGGUCGAAAUUUGCCUUUGGCCACGUUUGGCAGUGAAAGGGUUAAAGAAACUCAUGAGGUUCCUCACCACAAGAAGGUUGAAAAAUUGGCUCGGUUCCAGUUAGCUCCGUGCAAAGACCGCUAAACCUAGUAGAAUCCAUAGCCAACGCUUAAAAUUGGUGAACAUCGAAUGCACUAUACGGGUACAAUGCCAACAAUCUUUCAAAAGACCUAAUGUCACUUCCCAUCAUACAUCCAACCUCGUUCCCAGGUUCUCUCUCCUAGAGAACCCUGGGAACGAGGUUGUCAUACAUCACGGUUAAACAUGAAUCUUGAGACAACAAAUACAGGCCGUCAGUCAAAUAACUGCAAGUAUGUUACCAUGUAAACAAUUUAUUAUUUUGCCAAAACUAAAAACGGGAUUUUUAGGAAUGAAGGCUAUAACUACACUAACUACACCAACUACAGCAACUGAUCAGUUCACCUACCUUUCCAGCUGUGUCUUUUUAUUACCAUUUUGAUUUAUACGGCGGCAUUUUAACCAAAUUUUUAGAUAAGCAACGGUCAAUUUUCCUAUCUCUUCUUUACUAAAGCUAGCACAAGGAAUGUCCUCUGGAGUAAGAUCGACUUGAUAGUCCGCCAUGUUAGUUAUUUUAAAUUUGUCUCGAGGGCUAUAAAGCCUCACUUCCAUGCAACUUCCGUUUUUUUCUGGAAUCGGAGUAUUCGCUAUUUUUUUCUUUGCUGGAAGUUUUGUGUUUACAAGUGAGAGCCUCUCAUUAUUCAUUUGAAAUAUGCACAAAUGCUAGCUAUUGUUGACCACGAAAAUAUAAAACUCGGAGACAAUACCCGGAAUAAAGAGAGGCUCUCACUUGUCUUACAAUAUAUCAAAAAUCUUGAAACUCAAAGGUCAUAUGAAAGGACGGUUAAUCUCAAGAAUCUCAAAUUUUUGAAAAAAUCUAUCGAGCGGUUUAAAAAUUAUUUGCUAGUUUGUUAAAGUAGACCAAAUGUUUACAAAACCGCUAACAAGAGCGCCUCGAUACCUACUAAUCAAAUCCUUCUUUCUAGCAAUCGGCUAGAGCUAUCUCCAUGAUCUUUCACGCACGUUUUUAAAAAGAUUGAAACUUCUAUGAGGUGAAAUUGCAUGUCAAGAGCGCUUCGUUUUCUACAGAUAACGACCGAACAUCAAGAUUGUCCAUUUUUUACUGUAUUUUUAACCACAAAAACUUCAUCCCUAAAAUAUCUCAAUAACGCUUUGACAGAUUUCUCUUAAACUUAACGAACAUCAAGACCGCUAUUGGAAAAAAAGCUCUCGUGAACGAUUUUGGAAGAACAGUUCCUAGUUCCGAGAAAUACGGCUGCAAGUACAAUAAGUCAUGGCGUCAUUUCGUUGCUAUGACAACUCCGUUGUCAAUGUAACCCUGAUCAUUUCAAAUUUUCAUCCUUAUCUAAUACAGCUGUGGUGGUAAUUUUUCCAAAUCUUUGUUAACUGUGACGUAGUUUGCUCAAACUUGGGAGGUAUUGACGCUAAAAAACCCUAUCGAGCCACCUUAAUACAGCUUGGCUUUCUCUUAUUUUGUGUCAGAUGAACCGGACACAAGGGACGCUUGGUGGAGUGAAGUCAGGAUGGAGAUUCGAUCCCACGCCAGGGCUCUUGGCUGCCAUGCAGUUAUAGGAUAUUAUGAAAUUACAAGCAUAUGGUGAGCGUAAUUUGUUUUAAAACUUUUUAUUAUAUAGAGACUGAUGAAUUAAAUACCAGGAAUUUUCCUUUUACCAAAAAAUCAUAUCCUCAUCGCGCAGUGAAGAUACUAUUUUUAUCUUUCACGUGUGAGGAUAUUGGUGUCGCCAUGGUUACUAACAUGAUUAGCCAAUUACAAGAGAGAUUUUUGACUUUUUGGAACAGAAAAUAUAAGUAUUAUUGUCUUUAUUUCUACUUUAUAACAUUAUAUCCUAGUUUCAUAACAUUUUUGUGACAAGCAUUUUGCGAUAGGUGACCACUUUAAUUGCACUAUUUUGCUGUUUCGAAAAUGAUUAAAAAAAAAGUUAAUAAUAGUAAUAAUAAUUUAUGAACUUAUUGUGCGCAGCUUAACAUGAGAAUGAUCAGCUGCGCAUUACAACUAGAUUACUUAAAAGAAACAAAUAAAAGAUAGUGCAUUAAAAAAAAAAAUAAUAAAAUAAAAUAAAAUACAAUAAAUAAAAAAUAAAAAGAAUAUAUAUGCAUGCAAGUAAGAAGUGAAUAUAAAAUUGCUCACCAAUAUAAAGUCUUAAAAAGAUAAGUCUUAAUAUGCGCCUUAAAACUGUUCACAUCAGUAAUCGCACGAAGUUCUUUUGGAAGAGAGUUCCAGAGCCUUGGCGCUGCUACCAUAAAAGCUCUAUCACCUAACGUCUUCGAUCGAGCAGCUGGCAUAGAAAGUAAAAUACUAUCUGAAGAUCUAAGGUUAUAUAAGGACGAUUUAAAUGUUAGUAAAUCGCAAAGAUAUUUAGGAGCAAGGCCGUGAAUUGCUCUGAACGUAAUAAGCAGUAUCUUAAAUUCUAUCCGGGCUUUAACAGGAAGCCAAUGCAGACCACGAAGAAGGGAUGAGAUGUGGCAAAACCUAGGGGCAUUACAAACUAGCCUGGCUGAGGCAUUCAAAACUCUCUGCAAUUUGUUAAGCUGGUAGUUGGGCAGCCCAUACAAAAGACUGUUACAAUAAUCAACACGAGAUGUAAUAAAUGCAUGGACAAGCAUUUCCGUCGAUUCUCGAGACAAAUACUUGCGAAUGCGUUUGAUAUUAUGCAAAUAGUAAAAGACAACACCACAUAACUUGCUAAUAUGAGUUGACAUAGUGAGCUGCUCAUCAAACCAUGAGCCUAGGUUUCUAGCUACUGUUACAGGACAAAUAUCAGUCGACCCAACCCUAAUGCAAUUGAUGUUAACCUUGGCCAGCUGCUGCCUAGUACCUAUAAUUAAAAAUUCUGUUUUAUCAUCGUUUAACAUGAGAUUAUCUGAAAUCAUCCAACUCCUUAUGUCACUGACACAGUCAGUCAUGGACUUGAUGGCAAAAUCAGCAUUCGCAGAUCGAUUGGGGCUGAAUGAUACAUACAACUGUGUAUCGUCCGCGUAGCAGUGAACUUGUGGGAGGUGGCGUUCAACGAUCUGAAACAGUUUGCGCGUGUAGAAAGUGAAAAGCAAGGGGCCCAAACAUGAUCCUUGAGGAACACAUUGUUUUAAAGGAAACAGAUCUGAGAGACUACCAUUUACAGAGACACGCUGGAACCGGUCAGAUAGAUACGAUUUAAACCAGGCAAGCGCAUUGUCAGUUAUUCCCAAAUCAGACUCAAGACGACCAAUCAGCUUAUCAUGAUGUAUCGUGUCAAAAGCUGCACUUAAAUCUAAUAAUACAAGCAAGGUGACAUGUUGCUCAUCCAUAGACAUCAAAAUAUCAUUUUAACUUUAAGUAAGGCCGUCUCCGUGCUGUGGUGCUGUUUAUACGCCGAUUGAAGCAGAGAAUGUAAAUUGUUGGCAGUCAGAUGCUCCAUAAACUGGUCAGCCUCAGCCCUCUCCGACAAUUUAGAAAUAUUAGAGAGGUUACUGACUGGACGGAAAUUUUUGAACGUAAAGUCCAAACCAGGCUUCUUGAGAGAUGGUAACACAAGCGCCUCUUUCCAGGCCUCAGCAAAUCCACCGGUGUCAAAAGAGAGGUUGAUCAGCUUAGUGAUAACUGGCAAUAGAACAUCCAGCAACUUGAGAACGAUCGGAGUGGGAAUGGAGUCGAGUUGACAAGAUUUACCCGCUGCACUACUUAUCAACGUGCGCACUUGUUCUUGAGAGAGAGUCCUGAAACCGGUAAACUGUUCUUUCAGGCAAGUAAUGUUAGUAGCAGGUAGAGAUGGUACGGAUGGUGUAGAUAAAUUAGCCAAAGACGCGUUUAUAUUCUCAAUCUUCUGUGCAAAGAAAUUUCAAAAAUCAUUGGCAAGCUGA